GCUGUGGGCUGUACGUACUAUUCUGUGGGAUCUGUGGGAUACUCUCGUGGGUUUCAUAUCAUAGACGGUAGCAUUUUCCCUGUCGUCUCGUGUGGGCUUGAACACUGUCGUUGUGGGUUACCUGUGGGUAUUUCGUCUAUUUCUAUUACAAAUCGGGUGAUUAUUGUGGGAUUAUAAAGAUCUGCCGCACUUUUCCAAAGCUUUUUCGUUGUACCAGCUUUUAGUUUACAUUUUACCUGAUCAAAAUGUCCAAGACCAAGUCCGUUACCAAGAAGGGCUCUGAGAAGCCGGUUGACAAGGCCCUGAGCAAGGUCAAGGAUGCCGGUGUGAGCAAGGCUUCCCAGUCCCCCAAGGCCAAGAGCAAGCAGAUUGCUCGUGACAUUGCCUCCAAGGAGAAGAAGGACAAGAAGAAGAAGAAGGCUCCUACCCCUAGCUCGUCCGAGUCCGAGUCGGACAGCGAUGAGGAGAUGGACUCUGACUCUAGCUCCAGCAGCGAGAGCGAGGAUGAGAAGCCCGCCAAGAAGGCUGAGAAGAAGAGCAAGAAGGCUGAGUCCUCUUCCGAGUCUGAGUCCGAGUCGGACAGCGAUGAGGAGAUGAACGACGCCUCCAGCAGUGAGAGCGAGAGCGAGAGUGAGGAGGAGAAGCCCGCCAAGAAGGCCAAGGCUGAGCCCAAGAAGGCUGCUAAGAAGGAGGAGUCCAGCGACUCCGAGUCCUCCGACUCUUCUGACUCUGAGUCUGAGGAGGAGAAGCCCGCUAAGAAGGAGACCAAGAAGGAGGAGUCCUCUUCCGAGUCGGAGUCUGAGUCUGACUCCGAGUCUGAGGAGGAGGCCCCCAAGAAGGCCGCCAAGGAGUCCAGCGAGAGCGACUCUGACUCCGACUCUGACUCUGAGAGCGAGGAGGAGACCAAGGAGAAGAAGGCUGAGAAGGAAUCUUCCGACUCUUCCGACUCUGACUCUGACUCCGAUUCUGACUCUGACUCUGAGGAAUCCGAGGAACCCAAGAACUCCAAGAAGCGCAAGGCUGAGGAGGAGACUUCUGCCACCCCUAAGAAGUCCAAGACUGAGGAGCCCGCUGCCGGUGCUUCCGCCAACCUCUUCGUCGGCAACCUGUCCUGGAACGUCGAUGAGGCCUGGCUCACCCAGGAGUUCGAGAGCUUUGGUGAGCUCUCUGGUGUGCGUAUCAUGACUGAGCGUGACACUGGCCGCUCUCGCGGUUUCGGUUACGUUGAGUUCGUCAACGCCACCGAUGCCGCCAAGGCUUUCGAGGCCAAGAAGGACACCGAGAUUGACGGCCGUACCAUCAACCUCGACUACGCCACUGGCCGCCCCGCCAACCGUGACCAGCAGGGUGGUGGCUUCAAGGACCGCGCCAACAACCGUGCUCGUUCCUUCGGCGACCAGGCCAGCCCCGAGAGUGACACCCUCUUCGUCGGCAACAUUGCCUUCGGUGCUAACGAGGACUCUCUUCACGAGCUGUUCGGUGAGAAGGGAUCCAUUCUCGGCAUCCGCCUGCCCACCGACCCCGAGUCCGGCCGCCCCAAGGGUUUCGGCUACGUCCAGUACUCCUCCGUUGAGGAGGCCCGCGCUGCCUUCAACGAGCUCAACGGCGCUGAGCUGGCUGGCCGCCCCGUCCGUCUGGACUUCAGCACCCCCCGUGCCAACAACGGUGGCGGUGGUGGUGGUGGUGGCCGCGGCCGUGGUGGCUUCGGCGGUCGUGGACGUGGUGGUGACCGUGGCCGUGGCCGUGGUGGCUUCGGUGGCCGCGGUGGCGGUGCCCCCAACAAGGCCCGCGGUGGUAUUCCCGAGUACAAGGGCACCAAGGUGACCUUCUAAGCGGGCGGUUGUGUAAGAUAGAUAGUUGCUUUCAUGACACGUUUUGGGCAUGGGUUUCUUUUGGUUUGGGGUUGUGUUUUUUCUCAAAUGUUUCUGGUACCCCAAAAGUUCUUUGCAUUGUCUAAAUAGCACCAAUUAAUGAAUGGCUAUGACCAGAA